AGUGGACGGUCCACGAGCAACAACAGUUCACCUCCGAUCCGCGAGCUAGCCGCUUCUGUCCGGCGUGCACGCGUCAGACGCGCGGGAUCUGCUUGGAACUCGAUCCGUAUGGACCAGAUUUACGCUCGGUGGUCUACGGAGACCAGCCGCUCGUUUAGACACCGUUCCGCCGCGCCGUGGCCACCGUCGGGGACCGUCGGGAAUCGUUGCUAAUUUUUUUUCACGAACCCGUGAACGGCUCCUUCGCGAACAAACACGACGUCGACGCGUUUAAUGGACCGCGAUCGAUCCGAGUUAGCCACCUUCUCGUGCGCACAGUGCUCAUAAUCGAUCGGCGACUUUGGUGAUCGCGGACUUGUUUCCCACGGGCUACAGUUUCAAAAGUUCUUCCGAAGCGCAAGCUCCCCUGUCACCGCGCAAAGUGGAUUCGAUCGAUCGGAGAAUCGGUUACUUCGUCGACUCGACUCAGUUCUUCAGGAUCUGAAGUCAUCUGUGUCCAGUUGCGUUCGAAUCUCUUUGUGAUCGGAGACGACAUUGCUGUCUCGAGUGAUAAGAUCUCGAGUAUCGAGUGAUACGCUUUGACCUAGGGGUCUAGUGAACAGUGGACCUGUCGGUGUUACAGUUUUAUUAAAGAUUCUUAACAGUUUGACGGAUCUGCGAAUACUUUCGAUGACUUUUAUCUAAACCGGGUGUUGAUUUAAAACUGCAUCUGUUUUCGAUGCUUUCGAACAGGAUUCACAGUGUUAAUGAUCAGUUGUGAAUGAAUCCAUAUGAAAUAUUAGAAUUCACUUCCAAAUUGUUACGGUCUCUCAGCAACAUCUGAACAAAAUCUUCCCAACGUUAUUACAUCCAUAAACAGAAAGGAAACUCAAAUCGACGUGGCAACAGAUGAUAAUCAAUCAUUUUAGUGAAAACUCUUUUAAAAAGCAACAAUUUUAGUGAAAAAUUUGCAGAAUAAUUAGUUCAUGUGAUUUGCGUCCGUGAAAGUUCAACAUGAAGAAGAAGAAGAACGUAAUUGCAUAACGAACACUAUUGCAUCCUACAUUUGUGCCUAAACCAGAAAGGACACUUAAAUUCGUCGUGGCUGCAGAUAAAAUCAAUUUCAGUGAAAAGUCUGUUAGAAAUCAACAGUUUUAGUGAGAGACCUGAUAAAAAUCAACAAUUUCAGAGAGAAACCUGAUGAAGGACAACAAUUUUACUGAGAAUUCUGAUAAAAAUCAAUACUUUCUGUGAAAAAUCUGCGGAAUCGCCACUAGUGUUACGAACAUUGGGUUCUUCUGAUUCGCUUCGGUGAAAGUGCGACAUGAAGAAGAAGAUAGUACCAGAAGGAACGCGUCGGAUCACGGCGAUUGGACAGUACGAUGCAAACGAAAGAAUUUCGAGUUGUUUGAUCGAGGCACCAUAGUAAGAAUGCCGCAGUACGACGAGAGCUUCCUCGACUCGCCGAUUUUUCGGCGACGGACGCGUAGCUACGCGGUGCAAAAGGAGUUCGUGCCGAAGUCGAGGAGCUUCAUCACGGCCACACCUUUGCUGCUGGCCGUGACCAAUCACGCCAGGACUCUUUCCGGUUCCAUAUCGACCUGCAGCUUGAAAGAAGUAGAGGAGCGGUCCAGCGGGAAGGCGCGCGGCGGUAAACUAGCGCGUCGUGCGCGCUCCUUCAAGGAGGACUUCCUGGAGAAGCUCUCCCAGAUGCGUUCACCUGGCAGCGUGAGCGGUGGCGGUGGUAGCGGGGCCGCCACGAGGGCUGCCUCACCCUCGUCGCCACGGACACCUAGGGACAAAAACGCCCCCGCCUGCACCGACACCGCGGCGGCCACCACCGAGAAGAACCCCAUCCGAGACUUGCACAUCCACGUGCGACAGGUGCAGCUGGCGCUGCUUCACUUCAGGGAUGUCGUGUGGAAGAAGAAGCUCGAGAUGCUGCCGGGAAACGGCACCAUCGUCCUCGACACCAUUACCACGAUACAGUCCGUGCUGAAGUCCUAUCUUCUCUACGAGAAUAGCUCCGCUCUGGGUUCAGCGACGGAUCUAGUCUAUCAGACACUAGCGCAAUUGUUACAGCUCUGUGAUGAGGUGUUACUGCAGGGCGACCAGUCACCUGCGUUAGACACCGAGCACGUGACACACGUCAUAAGAGUAGUUGAGGAAGCUGUGAAAAAUUUGGUUGCCUUGGCAAACGAGAAGAUCGCCAACAGACAAAAACCCGCAGCUGUCGCUGCUAACAACAGAACGUCGGGUUAUGGGUCGGAAUUGACGCCACAAAGAAAUUCCUUACCCGAUAUUCCGCUAACCCCGAGGGAACGGCAGAUUUUAGAGCAGACCGCUGCGACUACUAGUCUGGUCCGUAGUUCGCAUAGUUCCGAGUCGAUUUUAAGGGAUUCUAGUCCACCCCCAAAACCACCACUCCCUGAGAGAACAAAUGUGUGUCUGUCGGAGGAAAAUAGCUCUUCCGGGACACCGCCGCCGUUGCCCCCGAAACGGAAAACGCGAGCUCAGCAGUUGUUGGAGGAGUCCGAAAUCCGAAGUCUUUUAGCGUCUAGUCUUGAUAGGGUCUCCCUGCGAAGUCAAUCUCCAGUGGAUUCAUCGUCACUUUUAAGCGCGUCGGGUGGAAGUCUGGAUUCGGCUCUGAAUCAUUCUCGCGACGAGGACGAGAUUAGAGCGAUCAUGGGACCAAACGACGAGUCUCUGAACGUCAGUAUGGAUAGCCUAAUGGCUACUAUCCAAGGCAUGCAAGUAAAUGGUACCUCAAACUGUAGCGGCUGGGACGGUUCUGAAACCAGUAUAACAAGCAUUAUGCUGUUGGGUCAAACUCCCCAAGAAAUGCUUGACGCGUUCACUGGUAUUGAAGGAAAACUGGAACGAUUAUCCACUCAAACGCAAGAAUCCGGUGUGGUAUCCAUGCACUCACAACGAAGUUCGUCCCAAAGUUACACCACCUCAAGCAUCACAUCCAAAAGAUCGUCCCAGCAGAGUAGCAUUAGUUACAACUCCCAGACGUUUAACUCGCAGCAGCAAUCGUUUUCCCAGACCAAGGUGUCUUCUGACAGUAAUGGGUCCAUAUUCACCCAGAAGACAAUGAGUAGUUCGGAAAGUACCAUUAGCACAACAAAUAUAUCUGGAAACGGGGACCCUGCAUUGCUGGAGAAAUUGGUAAAUGAAAUAGAAUCGAUUUCUGUGUCAGACACGAACGGCGUGCCUCCGGCAUUGCCGGAGAAGCGUUCGAAACGUAGAAAAGAGCGUCAGCCGUCGCAGUACGACAAUGUACCUGAGAACGAGCAUUUAUCAACCUGUAGUUUACAUACCAGUAAUGGCGACAGUCCGGAUGCCAGUAAACCACCGCCGCUUCCGCUCAAAAAGAGACACAUGUUCCAAUCAGUGGCAUAUUCUGUUAUGGCGUACAUGGAGAUGUUCGGGAACUGUUCCCACAGUAACAAUGACUUCAUCUCUGGUCUUGGGACUCGCCAUUCAGUAGCAGCUUAUAAUUCAAUGCAAGCAGAAUGGCAAAAACACGAGAUGGCCCUCACUACCACCCAGUCGUGCUCUUUUAUGGCACACACUAUGACUACAUUACAUGACAGCUCAAAUACCUCCAUAACUAUGACACCGCCGGUAUCCGAAGUAACAAAUAAUUCUAGUCUCCCACCUGCAUUGCCACCAAAGAGAUCCCGUUCCAUUAAAUCAAACGCAACACCUCCACCUAUAUCACCGAAACCCACUGUUAGUAUGCAAAGUAUACAUACGAUCGACCCUGUAGUAACUUCGACACCAGUGAAAAUAGAAGAAUCGGUAUGCACCCAUGAGAAGAAAGACAUCACACCUUCGACGCCGGUAAAAUUGAAUAAUGUUACCUUAGAAACAAUAUUGCCACCUUCAAGACCUGCUAGCAAUGCACUGUCGACCGUAUCAGUUGACGAGAGCACUCUUGAAUUAAGAGACGUCGAUCAAGAUGUAAAGUAUUCUCCAAGUAUCCUUGAGGAACUUGAUGUUACCAAGUAUUUAGUAUUCAAGAAACCUGACGAAGAAGGACCUGAUAUUCGGGGAGGACAUCCGGAUGCACUACUGAUUCAUGCAACCAAAGCUAAUAAACAUGAUGAGAAAGAGUCAGACUUCCUAUAUCAAGAAGCAUUCUUAACAACAUAUAGGACCUUUAUGCAGCCACUUGAAUUAAUUCGGAAAUUACACAGACGUCAUCAAUUGUUCUCUUGCUCUGCUGACGUCAUUGAGCAAAGGGCAGCUCGCGAGGCGUUUUCUUUAUUAGUUAGAGUCGUUAGUGACUUAACGAUAUCAGACCUCGAUGAUACUCUUCUGCAAACCUUAAUGGAAUACGUACUACAAUUAGUAUGCACUGGCGAUCUCACAAUGGCGAAGGCUCUGCGAGUCAAAAUUUUAGAGAAGCAUCAAGCGAAACAGUUGCAAUCUGCGCAACCAAUCCUCUCGUCUCUGAGCGUGACAACGAAGCAAGCUUCUCUUCUCGAUUUUAAGAGCGAACAGAUAGCUGAACAAAUGACCCUGUUAGACGCAGAUUUGUUCAUGAAAAUCGAGAUACCGGAAGUGUUGAUCUGGGCCCAGGAACAGAACGAGGAGCGAAGUCCGAAUCUAACUAGGUUCACGGAACACUUCAAUAAGAUGUCGUACUGGGCUAGAUCAAGGAUAUUGGAGCAUAGGUUAGAGAACGAGGCGAAGGAUAGAGAAAAAUAUGUGGUUAAAUUUAUUAAAAUAAUGAAGCACCUUAGAAAGAUCAAUAACUUUAAUAGUUAUCUAGCCUUGCUUUCUGCACUGGAUAGCGCGCCUAUUAGAAGGCUCGAGUGGCAAAAGCAUAUUACAGAAGGCUUAAAGGAAUAUUGUGCUCUUAUCGAUAGUUCUAGCAGUUUUAGAGCCUACAGACAAGCUCUAGCUGAAACGCAACCGCCAUGUAUUCCAUACAUUGGUCUCGUGUUACAAGAUCUUACAUUCGUGCAUAUUGGAAACAAUGAUUUAUUACCUGAUGGCACUAUAAACUUUUCGAAAAGAUGGCAACAGUUUAACAUCGUUGAAAAUAUGAAGAGGUUCAAGAAAGGAAGAUACUCGUUCAAGAAACAUGAACGUAUAAUAACGUUCUUCAACAAUUUCAGUGAUUUCCUCUGUGAGGAGGCCAUGUGGCAGAUUUCAGAGAGUAUCAAACCGCGCGGAGGUAAAAAGACCCAGUCACAGAACUAGAAUAUAUCUAACCCUUUCACUGCCUGCGUCUCGAAAUCGAAAGGCUGAACCAAUGAAUUAGAAUGUUUAUAUUUAUGGUAUUUAGGUAAACGCUUAAUUACAAAACCAAACGAAAAUCAUACAACACACCGAAGGCAGUGAAAGGGUUAGCUCGGUCUACCCCGUUUCAACAGCCUCUGUGAGGUUGUAUUUUACUUUAUGGGAAUUUUAAUAUUCAGUCCAUAAUCAAGGAACAAGAGCAAAAGCUAAGCACGUAUAUAGAUUAAAUUGAGACUUGAUGUAUUCAUUUCAUUUAAUAUAAUCAUGUUGUGCGAAUAUCGAUUGAAUCGAAACGUCGAAAGUUGUGAGGCUACGAAGACUCUAAAUGAAUUAGAUAGAUCAAAUAAUGUCUCAAGCGCAUUUUUGUAGAUAUUUUCUUUUUGCCAUAAGAUAGUGUGAAAAAAUCAUGUUUGCUAUGAAUCUACGCAACAUUUACUUAAAAAGAUGCAGCUGUAAUGAUGCUUAACAUAGCACAAAGGGUAAGAAACCCUCACUUGAACUAUUCUAUAUGUAUGUCUAUAUGAGAACUAUUUAUUUAUUUGUUUUUAAUCAGCGAAUUGUAAAAAGUAGUGGAUGUCCUUCUUUUUUUUUAACUUAUUUAGAUAUAUACAUUAUAUAUAUACAUAUAUAUAUAAACGUCCAUUAUAUAGCUUUAAUGUAGGUAGAAGAACUUUUCGAACGUCAACAGUGAACUGUUGACCGCGCAAGGAAGAAACACCAAUUCCGUUAAUUAAUGUAGAGCCAUUGUGGCUUCAGAUAAGCGCCUGGUCGUCACGCUUUUCGGAGCACAUGGUACGACUUGAGCGUAACUGUUACAUAUACUAUUGUAUAUGAUUAUAUAGAGAACACUUUUUGUUGGAAACUUGUUAAUAGGUAUCCAAGCUUUCAGCUUUAAGUCGAGCGGUUACCUAGAGGUAUAGGUAAAUUAAGUAUGAAAAAGAAAACCACAGUCGUAACGGUAGAAUUGAAUUGAAGUUUUGAGCAUCACCUUCUAUCUUAUCGCCAUUCGGAAAAUGUUUUAUAUAUUUUACAACCAGUAACGCUACAUUUAUAGUUUUCAACGAUGAAAGUGAGAAUAUUGUUUUCUCUCGUAAUACAUUCCGUUAGAUCGAAGGAAUCGAAGGAAUUUACCUAUUUUCAUUUAAAAAAAGGAAAGAACAAUUCACGUCUCCGUUAAAUUUAUCAGAAUUUAAUAGAGUGCAUCAAGUUUUAAAUCUAAGAUAAAUGACACCGCUGUAAUGAUAAUGGCUGUCUGUGUGCCUCAUAUUAUAGGGUGAAUGAAUAUCUGCCUAUUAAUUGAUAUUUCUCCGGUUUCUCGUUUUUUAGAAAUAAAUGUCUUAUAUACAACACUCGACGGCAGAGCUAUGAUAUCCUGAUAAUCGGGCUUGAGGGGAUUUAAAUAAUUCUGUCAUUUGCAUGUUAAUGCGUUCCGUGUGCGACGGCAGCAGGCGUGUCGUACAGAUUUAUUAUUCACGGUGGAAAGGCCUCUGCAGUUGAUAAUUAGCGUCGGUCUAUAAACAUACGCAGUUUAUUGAAAUACUUACCAAUACUUAAACGCCGUGGAUAAAGGCAGAAUAGCCACGAUUAGUCACAAGGUGUAGUUAGAGAUUUGCUAUUACAUAUAAAUAUGAUAAACAGUUGUCAAUUUUCAGGACAUGCACCAAAUAUACAUACGUAACUUUAGCUUUCAAUAUCAAAGUCACCGGGAUGUAACAGCCGAUGAAAUUGUGAUUAAUAUAGAUGCACUCCGUUAAUAUCAGUGGUAAACAAUGGAAAAAGAAAAUCAAAAAAGAUACAACCUUAGUUACAAAAUUUUUAACGAACCAUAUUGUUGCGCCGAGUAAUUAAGCGAGACGGUAUAAGUACGAUGAUGAACUUUGAAUUACUUUCAACGUGAAUUAAUGCUGCGUGAUCGUGAGCGAAUGUGGGUGAUAAUACAAAAAAAAAACAUAUUUCUGUUCGUAUAGUUGAUACGUAUAAAUGAUUCGUCUAAUCUUAAGGCUAAGAGGAACUUUAUUAACGUUGUACAUAGUUUGAUCGUAUUCAUAAUUUCUUGUACGUACGCGAGUGUCUUCUAUUAUUCGUAAUUGUAUAUACACAAUGUAUUAUCUUUACAUUAACUUGCGCAUGAUGUAAUAAGCUCAUACAUUUUUAAGUUCAUUGAGAUCAUUGUGAAACCUUGUUGCGUUCUCAUAUGCUAAACGAUCCAGUAUACAUAGGAAGUUUCGAAAUCAUGCAACAAGUAGCAACCAACAAAUAUGUUACGACAAUCAAAAUCAAAAGGUCAUAACUUUAUUUUGUAAUCUAACAUUUCAUUUCAAAAUACAAAAGAUUUAAUAUCAAAUUAUAACUGUUCAUAUCUCGCAGGAAAACUCAGAUUGUAAAAUACGAACGAAAUUAUUUGAUUUCUUCGGUUAUAACGAACGAGUACUUGAUACAUGAUUUGGAUGUACUUCUAUUAUUUUCAAUUUUGUUUUUUUUUCUGUAAUUUUUUUUUAAUACAAUCAUUGUCUCAUCUUUCCAAAAAUUCAACGCACUUUUACUUUUAUAUCACACCAUCCUUUGAAGUAUCCAAAACAUACAUGUAUACAUAAUUUAAGUUUCUUCAGUGCUUUUUAUCAAUUUUAUUAAUAAUUUUAUAUAUAGUCAUUUACUUUAACGUGAAAUGAAACUAUGUGGAUUUUCUAGUUAAUUCUUCCUCGACUUACUAUGAACAAAAUUUUCUUGUAAAUUUCAAGUAAAUAUGUAAGCAUUGAUUUUAAGGUAACUUUAACGCUAACCAAACAUGAGUGAGAUAAAACAGUGAAUAUGCAACGAAAAAUGUAGUCUCAAUCAGUCUAUUAGAUAGAAAUGAUAAGCUUCUUCACGGUAGACAAUAGCGCUGUGACGAAAGUGAAUUAAUUUGAUAGUCAUAUUGAUAAUAAGAUAUUUUUGAGAUUUUAUUGCUUCAAGUUCCUUAUAACAAAAAUACUACUACUGUGUCUGUACUAAGAAGUUGAAAUUCCUGCACUUUGUGUGCUUCGAGGACUAAUACUUUUUCUAAAUUUCGUCUAGAAUUAUUAUUACAUAGAAUAAAAUUGUUUUAGAAUUAGUAUAAUAUAGUUAUUGGUUUAAUGUUUAUGUAAACCAAUUACCAAGGAAGAGGGAAGUAGUUGCAUUGCUCACUUCUUUUUAGAUAGCAAAGAUAAAUUUUCAUUUUCUUCCAAAUUUGUACAUAAUUUUAAAGCAGUUAAUACAAUGUUCCUUAAUUUAUCACUUGCAUUAAAAACUCUCUUAUUUCUAACUAAAAAGAUACGAUGUUACUAUAUCAGUUAACUGCAAGUACUUAAGUAAGCAAAAAGGUAGAAUAUCUAAGAAAUAUGUAUGUGCAGCAAGCUUUCCAUUUAUAAUAUGACCCACAGUGAAUUUAGUUUUCCUGCGACAGUUAUAAGUCUCAGGCAAAUAUAUCUUAUUAUCAAGUGGAUAGAUUGGUCCUUGCGAUAGUAUCUUUUUGAAUCUGAUUAACCAGAUCUAAGCUAACAUAGGCGUAAAUAUAAUGAAUCUGUGUUUUUUCUAUCUUCAGCUGAACGUAGAUAGUAGCUUCUAAGGAGACAGUCUGUACACGAAAAUGGACUCUAAAGCAAUUGCUGUUGAACUUGCUCUUACAAUGCAAAAGAAAAAAAGAAAAUUUGCGUGUCACGAAAAAAUGAACGAUGCUGUUUGAUUGCCACAUAGAUCAGUACUUCCAUGGCGAGGGGUAUUUGCACUUUUAAGGAUAACAUUGUACAUACAUGUAUACAUAUUAUAUUACGAAUUUAACGAUCGAAUGAACCAUCGAUCUCUUACUAUAUAUUUUCAAAAAGAAAAGUAUGCAAGUUUUUAAGCCAGGCAAACACUCGAAUCAAAAGCAAACGUGAGAGGAAACUCAUCAAACGGGAAUGGGGAACUUUGUUUAGGCGUUUGAGAUUAAAUAUCCAGUGAACUGCACGUCAAAUAACUCUCGCCGAAAUUGAAUUUAACGAUGUUCUGAAUGUAUCGUUCUAACAAGGAAACAAUAAGUAAUAUUCUUAGCGGAUAUCGAUAAGCAUCAAAACAAGUAAUAAUUACUAUUAAUGUGUUACUGAUCUCUUAUCGCAACAAAAAAUAUACGUGUAACUUAACAUUAAAUAGAUAUGAUGGUAAGUAUUAUACAAACAAUGAUACCGAUAAAAUAAUAAUCACAGUGAUUAUUGAUGCUCUGACCGACGUACGUUCAAAAGUAUCUCAGUAAGGGUGUCAGUUUUCAUGCAAACAAAAACGACAUAUCCACAUGGCACAGUAUUGCUGUAUAGAAGACAGUCAAAAUGAACAAUUUUACUUAGAAUGGAAUCUCAGAUGCGGUAGUUGGUUUCGAAACGUCGUCUAUAUUUAUACUUCGUUAUUUUUUUCAACGACCAAGUAAUUUGUUAUUUUGCUCGACAGCAUCCGAUAUUCGUAAUUGAUACCGUCUGAUUGAAAACUUUGCAAUUUUACAUAUAACCCCAAAGGAAAUUUUUUAAUGAUGGCCUGUGCUAUUGUAAAUAUUCAGUUGAAGUAUAUAUCAGUUCCAGUAUUUUUUAAUGUAUGUGUUUCUACACAACUUAAAGUCUUUAUUGGAAAAUGAACAACAUUCGACAAUAUUAAUAUUUUUAAUCAGUGUACAACUUAAACAAUCGUAACAUCGAGCGGAACCACUGUUUUUGGUUACGAAUGCAGCAAUGAAUACUUUUUAAUUAUUACUAUAAAUUACUGUAAAUAUUGCAAGGACUCGAAUUGAUUUGCUAAAAAGUGGACGAUUAGGAAUGCAACUAAAUGCAAAAAGUUAGCAGAAAUAUCAAAGGAAAUUAAAAUUGUUUUCUCUUUUUCAUAUGUUGUCAAUCGAACAGUAUCAAGUUGUCCAGACACAAAAAUAUAAUGUCGAAUUUCUAAGAAUGUGUCAAUGAUUCGAUGCUGUUUCACACAAACAACAAAUUACUGAGAUCGCGCUAAGUUUACGUUUAAUAAUCCUCUGCGAAAGUUAUGUACAGGCUACCUUCGAAAUAGUAACACCUCACGUUAAAUUCGUUGUGUUGUUGUAUUUUAAUGGAUCAUUUUAAUAAUCAUUAUCACAUGCAAAUGGGUAUGUUAAUAUCGAGUUUGGAAACCAAUUGAAAUAGUUUCAAUCUACGAUUCAUGGUACUAACGUCUUCGGAUUCAUUCCUUAAAUAAAAGCCAAGAUCAUUCUGCUGUUCAUUUACCUCUAAUCUUGAGAAACAUUAAUAUCGAACGCUAAACAGAUUUAUGUUCUAGUCCACAUUCGAAGCGUUAAAACUGCGAAUCGAAAUUUGCAUCUUCAUCCCUCAUGGAGAUUUUGACAAAAUGAUAUCGAAAGACAUUUAUAUAUUAUAUGUGUCUAAUCUGUAGGUAUUUAUAUAGUCGAUAGAACAGGUAUAGAACUGAUUCCACCCUAACUUCUUAAUUAGUUAGGCUCAGCACCAAAAUGAUUCUUACCGUUUGGGCUAGGAAUGGUUUAGUCGUGAACGAUAAGAAUUUUUAAAAAUAUAUUCUUCCUGAACUCGCAAGAGUAUAUAACUUUCUCCCCCUGACUGUAAACACGUCAAAGAUUAUUAUCGUGGUUAGGGUACAGUCAGUGGAAGAAACCAAGUGAAGCGAGAGACGAGCAACAGAAAAAAUCAAAUUGACGUGGAUCGUUGUAUUGAACAGUCUAGGGACAAAGAGUAGAGAAAUGCGACAUUUCUUAACAUUCGCGUACGAAAGAAAUGUUUGCUAUAUCGUUUCUACCGACUAUAUCGACACGUAAUCGUGAAGCGUACGGGAAACGGAACACAAUUCACUGAGCAUAUCAUUUGUAAGCGAGCGAUUACUAAUUAUCAUUGUACCCGAAAUCCCUUUCAAUUAUUCUCCGCUACGAGAAGAAGAAGUUUCGACAAUUACACCGAGGAAAGAUAAAUACACGUAAUGUUAUAUAUAUAUAUAUGCUCACGCGUUUAAUUGUGCGAUUUAUUGCGUAUACCGGUCAUAUUUUUCUAUGAACAUUUUUCUUACUCUGCUGGAAACACGCGCCCCGUUUAGAGCCACGCGUUUAUUUCGAUGCGAGAUCAUACGCACGAUUAAUCCUAAGUAAACGUACCUACGAUCAUUAAUUACAGAUAUUGCCGUGGAAUAUAUUUUCCUUCUGUUUCGUCGGUCUGCAACUAUUGCGUAUGUUGGACAUAUAUGUUUGUAUGCGUAUGAACGUUUUCGAACGAAUGGUUUUGCUUCUUUUGUAAUAGGUGUACGAAGAAGUGAAAUAAAAAUGUGUUAAAGUCAAAA